ACUAUUGUCAUCUAGUGUGUCUAUAUAUUAUUGGACCGGGCUGGUUGACUUGUACCAACAAUUUUUAUAACUAAGCCAUUGUUCUAUCUGAGCUUGUACUCUGUCCUCAAUACAGAAUGGGCGGUUUCAUAGCGGAGCGUUUUGAUUGAUGCGGAUUAUCAUCCAAUGGAAGAGGACAUAAACAUUUAGGCAGCUAACUAGGAAGUUUGCUAGCUAGCAAUUUUGCAAAGAAGAUGGAUACGGGAAUGCUGGUAACGUUGAUGUUUUAAAAAAACAGUUUUUAUGUUGUAUUUCCUGAUUCGAUUUUUGUUGGAAGUUUAGCAACCUUUGCAGGAAAAAAGAUUAGUGUGCUUGCUGCCUGUUGAGAAUUGGGAAGGAGCUGUUAGCUAGCUAGCUACAGACGGCAACGUUAGCUGGCGAACUCACCACCCGCUGUUUUAGAGAACUAUCUAGCUAGCUAGCUAGCUAGUUACAACAGUAACUUGAGUAAAUCUACUAUCUCUGGUUACAAUGUUUAGCUACUAGGAAUAGCUAUUAACGUAGUAAUGACACAUGUUUCCGUUAGUGAAUGUCAAUUUUUUAGUUAACUAGCUAGCUAGUUUGCCAACGUUAGCUAGCUACUGUGUAGUGAUGAUGUGUAAUUUAUUUGCUAGCCAGUCAUGUCUGUGUGUAUCUGCCCAACAGGAACCAUCUUUGUACACCGUGAAAGCAGUCCUCAUUCUGGAUAAUGAUGGAGAACGACUUUAUGCUAAAGUAAGACUUUGAUAAGAGUGUAUUACUUAAAUAUGUGUUAGUGCUGGACUGGAACAAAAGCCUGCAUACACCCAAUAGCUCAGGGCCAAAGUUGGUGAGCCCUGCUAUGUAACGCAUUAUGUAAUACCCAGCUGCAUUAUUAGCCUACCAUAUGAAAUGUACUAACAACAAUUAGUUGUGGUUUCACCCCUCUUUUUAUUAAUGCUUUAUUAACAGUAUUAUGAUGACACAUACCCUUCAGUGAAGGAACAGAAAGCCUUUGAGAAGAACAUCUUCAGCAAGACACACCGGACUGACAGUACGAAAUGCAUUUGAAUACACACACAUGAAUGCACACAUACACAUGCUUUCAGGUCAGUGAAUAGUGUUUUACCUCAGUUUUGUUCUGUAACUAUGGCUGCGUUUACACAGGCAGCACAAUUCUGAUAUGUUGUCCACUAAUUAGUCUUUUGAGCAAUCAGAUCUUUUCACAUCAGAUCAUUUUCAGAGUUGAUCUAAUUGGUCAAAAGACCAAUUAGUGAAAAAAAUUCAGAAUUGGCCUCCUUGUCUAAACGCAGCCAUUGUCAUGUUUCUGUACCUACUCAGGUGAGAUAGCUUUGCUAGAGGGCCUCACAGUCGUCUACAAGAGCAACAUUGAUCUCUUCUUCUAUGUCAUUGGAAGCUCACAUGAAAAUGAGGUAAUCAUAUUGGAAGGACUUGAUUGGAAACAUAUAAUGAAUAAAUUGUUUAAUUUCAGUGCAGUGCACCCUGCCAUGCUCUAAAUGACAUUUUUGUUGUUUUUGUGUUUUGUUUCCCUCCAACAGUUGAUGCUAAUGGCUGUUCUAAACUGUCUGUUUGACUCACUGAGCCAAAUGUUGAGGUGAGAUCUAUGGCUGUUCUAAACUGUCUGUUUGACGCACUGAGCCAAAUGUUGAGGUGAGAUCUAAAUCUUACAUCACAUAUUUUGCCAUCUUUCAUAAUUCUGUCAUCUUUCUCUGUAGGAAGAAUGUUGAGAGGAGAGCUCUACUUGAGAAUAUGGAAGGUCUCUUUCUCGCUGUGGAUGAAAUUGUGGAUGGGGGGUAAGUUCCAUAUCUUAUAAUUUCUCAUUUUUAUUUUAGAUUGGAUAUUGACUCUAAAUGAAUUACCACUGCAUAUUUUCAACCAUCCAAACCAAUAAGCAUGGUUGUAUGAUUUUGGUGAACCACAGUCAUAAGACGGCUGUGGUCUGGUCCAGUGUGGCCAUCUCUUUGCACAGUGUGAGAGUGAUGACAAGCUUCUCCCUCUACAGAGUGAUUCUGGAAAGUGAUCCUCAGCAAGUGGUCCACCGCGUGGCACUAAGGGUAAGUAAGGGUCCCUUUUCUCCUCUUCCCUCCCCUCCCUAGAAAACACUCUUCACUCAACCCAGUGGACCCUAAUGUUCUGAGUGUGGUUGCCUAACCCCACUAUGUAAUAUCUCCUACAGGGGGAAGAUGUGCCUUACUCAGAGCAGACUGUCACCCAGGUGAGUACAACAGCCCUAGUUACCUCAUUCAUCUCAGCAUACUACAUUGUUCAGUGUGGAUCAUGCUCCAUAGCACCCUAGUCCCUAUGUAGUGCACUAAUUUUGACCAGGGCCCAGCCUUACAAGCUUAAGAGCUGGGUCCAAUGUCCUAGCCUGGAAAUCCAGACUGAAUCAAACUACAGUUCACCUCACUUGUUUCACUUUACAAAUUUAGUGACAGUGGAGUAAAACAAAACAGAAAUAGAGCUGAAUUAAGUCUGGGUUUCCAGGCUACCAAUGUCCCUCUCUCAUAUACUUCAGCAUCACUCUCUCCAAUCCUACUGCUUCCACACUUCCUUAUGCAUGGAAAGCACACGAUUGCUAAUUAUUGUCAGGUGGUACGGUAGCCAGCGGUGGUUCGAUCAUGUGACUGUGUUAGCAUGCAUUAUGUGUGUGUGUGCACGUGCGCAUGCCUGUGUGUGUGUGGCCUAUGAGCUGAGCUCCUCUCCAGUUCUCAUUUAAGAGGCCUGUGACAGGCUGCUGUCCUGCCAUCCCUUCUCUUCUCUCUCUCUCUCUCUGUCUCUCUCUGUCUCUCUCUGUCUGUCUCUGUCUGUCUCUCUCUGUCUCUCUCUGUGUCUCUGUCUCUCUCUCUCUCUCUCUCUCUGUCUCUCUCUCUGUCACUCUCUCUGUCUCUCUCUCUGUCUCUCUCUCUCUCUCUGUCUCUCUCUCUCUCUCAAAUUAAAAUUCAAGCUGCUUUAUUGGCAUGAAAAACAUUGUCAAUAUUGCCAAAGCAACAAUGUAUACAAUAAUACAAUUUAUAAACAAUAACAAAUAAUAAUAUAAGAUGGUAGUAAAUAAUAAUCAAAAUUAAAUACAAAAAUAAUAACAAUAAAAUGGUAACAGUCAAUAGUAGAAAUGUAAUAAAUAUAAAUAUGGAAAAUGAAACUAUAACUAAAUAACGGUCAUCUUCACCAUUACAUCAGUACUACAACAACCACCAUCAUUACUACCACUACUACCACCACCAUCAUUAAACUGCCAUCAUUACCAUUACCACCCAUACCACUACUAUUUGGAAUGAUAAACAACAAUAAUAAUGGUAUUAACAAUAAUAGCAAUAACAAUAAUAAUAAGUAAGUUACUAUUUACUAUGCAGAUGUUAUUAUUCAGUGUCCCUCAGGCUAUGGCAGGCAAAUACAUAUUUGGCUGCAAGAGGAGCCAUUGCUCCUUCGCCCAUGAGUAUUUUUAGUUUUUCCUCUGGGUUUAAUAAGUUAACAUUUGGAAUAAAUGUAGUCAUUUCUGUGAAUAACGAAUCUCUUUGUGAGGAAUAUUUAUCACAGUAAAGGAGAAAGUCGCUCUCUCUCUCUCUCGCUCUCUCUGUGUGUCUCUCGCUCUCUCUGUGUUUCUCUCUCUCUCUCGCUCGCUCUCUCUGUGUGUCUCUCUCUCUCUGUCUCUCUCUCUCUGUCUCUCUGUCUCUCUGUCUCUCUCUGUCUCUCUCUCUCUCUCUCUCUCUCUCUCUCUCUCUCUCUGUGUCUCUCUCUCUGUCUCUGUCUCUCUCUCUCUCUCUCUCUCUCUCUGUCUGUCUGUCUCUCUCUCUCUCUGUGUAUCUCUCUCUCUCUGUCUCUGUCUCUCUCUCUCUCUGUCUCUCUGUCUCUCUCUCUCUGUGUCUCUCUCUCUGUGUCUGUCUGUCUCUGUCUGUCUGUGUCUGUCUCUCUGUCUCUCUCUCUCUCUCUGUGUCUCUCUCUCUGUCUCUCUCUCUCUCUCUCUCUCUCUGUGUCUCUCUCUCUGUCUCUCUCUCUCUCUCUCUCUCUCUCUCUCUCUCUCUGUGUCUCUCUCUCUCUCUGUCUCUCUCUCUGUCUCUCUCUCUCUCUGUGUCUCUCUCUGUGUCUCUGUCUGUCUCUGUCUGUCUGUGUCUGUCUCUCUCUCUCUCUCUCUCUCUCUCUCUCUCUCUCUCUCUCUCUCUCUCUCUCUCUCUCUGUGUCUCUCUCUCUCUCUCUGAGUGUUUCUCUCUCUCUGUGUGUUUCUGUCUCUCUCUCUCACUGUCUCUCUCUCUGUCUCUCUUUCUGUCUUUCUCUGUGUGUGUCUCUCUCUCUCUCUCUCUGUGUGUCUCUGUCUCUGUGUGUCCCUGUCUCUGUGUGUCUCUGUCUCUGUGUGUUUCUGUCUCUGUGUGUUUCUGUCUCUGUCUGUGUCUCUCUCUCUCUCUCUCUCUCUCUCUCUGUGUGUCUCUCUCUCUCUCUGUGUCUCUGUGUGUUUCUGUCUCUCUCACUGUCUCUCUCUCUGUCUGUCUCUCUGUCUCUGUCUGUCUGUCUCUGGUUCUCUCUCUGUCUCUCUGUCUCUCUCUGUGUGUGUCUCUCUCUGUGUGUCUCUCUCUGUCUCUCUCUCUCUCUCUGUGUGUGUCUCUCUCUCUGUGUGUUUCUGUCUCUCUCUCUGUGUGUUUCUGUCUCUCUCUCUGUGUGUUUCUGUCUCUCUCUCUGUGUGUUUCUGUCUCUCUCUCUCAGUGUUUAUGUCUCUCUCUCUCUGUGUGUGUCUCUCUCUGUGUGUUUCUGUCUCUCUGUGUGUGUUUCUGUCUCUCUCUCUCUGUGUCUGUCUCUCUCUCUCUGUCUCUCUCUAUCUGUCUCUCUCUUUGUCUCAUUCUCUCACUCCUCAUUCUCUCUCCCUCCCUGUCUACUGAUUUAAUGGCUGGCUAUCUUCCUUAUCUUUUCCUUAAACUAAUUCAUGAUUAAUUCAUUCCUGCAUAUUUUCUUUUACUGGCAUUAUUCAUCUCUCUCUGAGGUAAAUAUUGUUCUCACAUUUUUGUGAAUCAUAUGGUCUCCCUCCACUUCCUUAAAGACCCAGUGCAGUCACAAUUCAGGUUUCCUGUGUUUUGUCAUAUAUUUAUAGAGCUAACACUGUAAAAGUGUAAAAUAAAUGUGAUCAGUGUUAUUUCCUGAUAGUUUCUGGUUGAAAAAAUUAUCUACACAGGACCUUCUAAUCAGCAGGUUUUGCAUGGGUGGAAUUAUGGCUUGUCUUGUGACAUCACCAGGCGGUAUAAAUUAAUAGACCAAUAACAAAGAGUUCCAAACAUGUUACAAUAACACCUAUAGUGUUCUGCUUACAUAUCCCUUCCAUUUGUUCCUUUUUGACCAUUUUAAUUGAAAACUAUUACAGCACGGUACUUAAUUGUUACACAGAAAUGAUUUGUUAUUGAGAUAAAAACGUCUGCUUUGGGCAGUUGGUCUCCGUCUAUCCAUCAAGGUGGUAUUAAUUUACAUUCAUUGUUUCGAAUGGCGAAGUCUCAUUUUUGAAAUGCAAAAAACACAGACUGGUGGCUCAUUACACAAGCGGGUGUGUUUGUAUGAUCUAUUUAAUAAGGCCACUUUUCUUCUACAGGUGCUGCAGUCUGCCAAGGAACAGAUCAAAUGGUCUCUGCUACGAUAGGACCUGUCGACUCCCAUCAUCGGAUACUGUACCACCAUGACGCAUGGCUCCUCUCUCUGUGAUGUCAUCUCUUCCCCUCUACUCACUCCACACCAUUCCUCCCAUCUCUCCAAUCAGGACUGAGGAGAGGCUGAUCGCUCAUCCAAUCAGACACUCCCAGUGCCAGGGAUAUCUUUGAGUUUUGUCUGUAUCUGAAUCAAUCAUUCUAUCAUGUGUGUGUCUUUACUGUAAAAGUGUAUUCUUCUGAUAUCUUUCUGUAAAGCUAGCUCUGAGAGGAUAUUGGAUGGUAGUGUGUCAAUACAUUCCAGCUGCCUGGUUUGCAUUUUCUUCCACAGACCAUUUCAGUUGACAGCUUCAUG